AUGAAGUUAUACACAAUUUUCGCUGUCUUGUUGUAUGUCACUUACAACCACGGAUUAAAGCUGCCCGAAGUCGACUUCGAGUCGCUUUCGGAGAAGAUUGUUAGCUAUGUGAACAGUCGACCAGAAAUUGGUUGGAAAGCUGAACGAAGCAAGAGUUUAAAUGUUAAGAAUAUUGCACGACACUUCAAUGAACGAAGAAAAGUGAGAAGACGUGCAGAUAUCACCAAUUUGAACACUGUGUCAUAUCAAAACCUACACAUAGAUCUACCUGAAACAUUCGACGCGAGAGAGAAUUGGCCUGCCUGUUCAAGCAUAAGAAACAUUCCAGAUGAGGGUAGAUGUGAUGCCGCCUGGGCAAUUUCACCAGCUGCAACAAUAAGUGACCGCAUAUGUAUUCACUCGAAUGGAAGCAUUAACGUUGAAAUAAGUGCAUUUGACAUACUAACCUGUAAUCACCACUGUUCUCGAGGGUGUGAUGGAUGUGAUCCAGAAGAGGCAUGGAAGCAGUGGAUGGAGAGUGGAGUGACGACAGGAGGGUCCUUCCAAAGUCGAAGAGGAUGUAAGCCUUACCCAUUUCCCAAAUGUGAUCAUGUGUAUAAGAGAAAUUAUCCUACUUGUGAAGGAGAAUACAGUCGGGUGUCCGCAUGCGAGGAAAAAUGUCAAGAAUCUUACAACGUAUCCUAUGUUGAUGAUCUACAUUAUGGAUCGAAGAUAUAUUUCGUUGAGGCUGAUGAGGAAUCCAUUCGAAAAGAGAUUUUCCUGAAUGGUCCAGUUCAAGCAGAAAUUUACGCAUCUGUUGAUUUCUUGUUUUAUAAAUCUGGAAUCUAUAAGCGUGUAUCCACAGAACUGUUCAGAGUGAUUGAUGUCAGAAUUCUUGGUUGGGGAGUAGAGGACAAUACACCCUAUUGGUUGUGUGCGAAUGUGUGGAAUGAAGAUUGGGGAGAGAAUGGUUUCUUCCGAAUUUUACGUGGAUAUGAUGAAUCAUCUAUCGAAGACUGGGUGAUAAGUGGAAUUCCGGCAUUCAACGUGCAAGAGUCAAGUAGUGAACAUAUUUUACAGCAGUGA